AUGGCUGAUUCCCUGAGACGUUUGGCGACCACUGGUGCGUUUACUCUUUUGCAAGAAAAAGUAGAAAGAUGGAACAGCAACUAUAUGAUCAAUACAUGUGACCAGAAUGUUGGUAGUUGCUGUGAGUUAAUUGAACUGAAUUCACGUCUUCAAGGACAGCUGUUUAAUUUGCUGAAUAUGUGUGCUGCAGAAGGUGGUAUGUAUGGUGGUGCAGACGUUCUAAAGAAUCGUUUGUUACCAUGGCUGGGACAGGGUUUCCUGGCCACUGCUAGUAGUGUUUCUACAGACACCAGUCUGCAUAUCAUGGCUGAGGCAGCUGAUAAAGAGAGACAAAUAGCACAAUUACAAGACCAAUACGAGCAACAGUUAGAUGACUUAGAAAGAGAUCUAAACUCAUCAAGAACUGAAGCUGAAGAUCUGAAAAAAGAGUAAGUUUCUACCUUUUGAUUCAUAGUCAGCAUGUUAACCAUUACGCAAUGACCAAUCAGCAAUCAGCACUUUGUACACAACAUACACUUGACCAAUCAGCAGUCAGCACUUUGUACAUAACACAGU